AUGGAAAUGCACUCGUUGGGCUCGCGCUCACUAAACCACGCUUCCGCUGAUACAGAAGCCGAAUACGACCGUCUCCGAGACCUUGCGCGCCAGGAAGCUGCAAAGCGAUCUUCAUGCUUCGACCGCGCACAUCAAGCAUACGAAUCCGGCGAUGGAGCGCGCGCCCACGAGCUCUCUGAAGAAGGCAAAGCCCACGCAGCGAAAAUGAACCAGUACAACAAUCAGGCGCGCGACUACAUCUUCCGGGAAAACAACGCCGAGGGUCGUGUCGCGGGCGAUACCAUUGACCUCCACGGCUUGUUCGUAGAAGAGGCCGAAGAUGUCUUGGAAGAGAGAAUCAGGGUUGCGAGACAGAGAGGAGAGAGCCAUCUGCAUGUCAUUGUGGGUAAAGGCAACCACAGCAGGAACCAUGUCCAAAAAAUCAAACCCAGGGUCGAACAAGUGUGUCGCGAGUUGGGACUGCAGUACCGCACCGAGGAGAACGAGGGUAGGAUCUUUGUAAACCUGCAAGGUGGAGAUGUCCACGAGAUGCCACCCCCUCCCCAGGCACCGAGCUAUGGCGGCUACCCGGGACAACACGGUGGACAGCAUGGUGGACAACACGGCGGUCAAUACCAUGGAGGUCAGCCGCAACAUGGUGGUCAACAACACCAUGGUCAACAGCAGGAUAACAACGACGAGAUUGAGCAGAUCGUCAAGAAGGGCUUGCCCAAAUUGCUCAAGAUGCUCAAGUGCUGUACAGUCAUGUAA